UUUCCCUUGACUACAAUAAAGUUCAAUUUAAUUGGAACAUGAUAUUUAUAGAUUCGUUCUUGGAAAGGAAGUAAAUUCAGUUUAAUAUUUACCGUAACUACAGAAAUUGUUUUUUUUCUCUCAGUUUCUUUUCAUUUUACACACAAUCAUUUAUCUUCGUAUUUUUUUUCAACGGGAAAUUAUAUGUUGUGUUGUGGAUUACUUAGUAACAAUUAGAUUUCCUCAAUCGGAUAGUCAACACUAAAGUUUAGUUCAAAGUUUGACUUUUAAAUAUCUUCUAAAUAUGGCAGUAUCGGGACGAAAGGUACCUGAUUUUCAAGGUUCUUUAUCCAAGGGCUCAGCAGAGGACUUUGAUCAUAGAUGUGAACCAUGUUUGGCGAUUGGUCAGCAAAUAGAAGCUCAUGGAUUUUGUGUGGACUGUCAAGAAUACCUGUGUAAGAACUGCUUUGGUUAUCAUCAAAGAACGAAGGCUUCAAAGCAUCAUCAGCUGGUAAACAAAGAUAAUAUGGAUAAACAUGCUGUUAUCAAGGAGUCAGACGAAUGCACCGAAAAGUGUCAUGUGCACAAAAAGGAAGUGAUUAAAUUUUUCUGUCCAAAGCACGAAGUUCUCGGCUGCAACGAUUGUAUGGUCCUGAAUCACAGAGCUUGUGACAUUGACUAUAUACCUGAUAAAUGUGCAAGUAUUGGGGACAGUUUAGAGUUCAGAGAGGUACUGAGGGAACUUGAUCAAAAAGUAAAUGAGGCUGAUCAUAUUAUAAAGCAGGCUUCAAAUAGAGAAAAAGAAUUAGAUUCUUGCUAUGAUAAGCUGCUCAAAGAAAUUAAAAUGUUUCGCAAAGAGAUAAAUGAUCGCUUAGACCAGCUACAAAAGAAAAUCCAGACAGAUGCUGACAAAAAGAAAUCCACAGAUAAACAAACGGUAAAUAAGGUUCUUGAAAUGUGUACAAAACUUUCUUCAGAUAUCAAACAACUACGGUCAAGACUACAAGAUUACAAAGCCUCACAGCAGAAGGGACAGCUUUACAUUACAAUGAAACAAGCUAAAUCCAAACUAAAGUCAGAAGAAAUAAAGGAGGCAGACAGAAGUUUAGAAAAGACAAACAUGCAAUACACAUUUGAGCAAAACCAAGACCUGAAAAACAUGCUUUCAAGACAAGAUGCAUUUGGAAAGCUCAGUAUUUCGUCUAUUCUUGUAACUUCAAAUAUCAGGAAACCUUUCGACAAAUUAACCCGCAAAGAAAACAUAAAUAUAAAGACGAAGUCAGAUCGGAAUGAAUGCUGGAUUACAGGAUGUGUUGUUCUGUCCUCAAACAAACUUGUGGCGGCUGACAAUAACAAUGAUAAACUGAAAGUUGUUGACAUAAAAAAUAAAGAUGUAAUAGAAGAGAUAACACUUUCUUCAGGACCAUGGGACAUUGCAGUGAUGCCUCAGGGUCAUAUUGCUGUGACGAUGCCAGUUAAGAAAGAAAUCCGUAUCAUGACAACAGCAGGUAAACUGUCAACUGUCCGCAAAUUUCCAGCUAAAGGAAAAUGUAGAGGUAUAGCUUAUCAUGAGGGUCAUCUCUAUGUAGUUUGCAGUGACCCGAAGUGUGUAUAUGUUACAGAUACACAAUGUAACGUACAGAACGCAAUUAAACUGGAUGACAAGAUAUUUUACACACCAGACUACUUACUGCUGAGAAAGGAUCUGAGACAUAUCUUCAUCAGUGACUGGGGUAACGACAUUGUCGUCAGUAUAACAUUACAAGGUGAUAUAUCUGCUGAAUACAAAAACAAACACUUUAAAUGCCCACGGGGAAUGAUGAUACUAGACGAUGGAUCAUUGCUGGUGUGCUGCAGUAAAAGUAAAAGUAAUAGCAGCAUAUGUCGUAUCUCGGGUGAUUUGAAGCAAUGUCACACAAUGAUAGAUGAUCUGUCAUACCCGUACUCUGUGUGCCAUAAUCGUGAUGCACAUGAGGUCUAUGUCGGAUGUGACGAUGAUCAGAUGGUUGUGUUCAGUUCAAAAUAAUGCGUUUUAUGACAUAGCAAACAGAUUGGGUCAUGUAAAAAUACAAUAUUGUGUCAUUCAUAUUUCAUAUGCAUUCUUUAAAAGAUGUUACAGGAAUGGAUGAAAUAAUUCUAAACAUUUAGAAUCUAAUCCCUAAUAAUCAGAAAACAAUUUUAACCGCUUACACAAAAGUGAUAAACUAGAAAACAGUUAUAACUGUUUAAUGAAAUUUGAAGCAGUUUAAUUCUGACUGAACUAUUGAUAAUAUAAUCACAUUCUGAAUUUUGUUACAUCCUCUAUUUAUGUUGUACAUGUACCUAUAUAUGAAAAUAAUCGUUUUCCGGGGCAGAUACAGGAUUUUGGUUAGAGUGCAUGGUGUUUUAGGGCAUCCAGAAUAUCUUCAUUUUACAAGUUUGUUAUCUAAAUAGAUCUAAUAUUUUAAAUAUAUAGUAGGCUAAA